CUUGUGGGGGACAAAAGCAGCAUCCGGCGAAGCGUCGCUGGAAAAUAUCCAAUCCAAUUCACUUCCGUACAGCCCAGUAAGCAGGCCGUAGAGAACGAUGUACAGUAAAUUACAGUACAGCACAGUACCAGGUAUUCAGAGGGCGGUUUUGUGGGCCGCUUUUUGAGGCUCUCCCAAGCCCAGGCCGGCUACCCAGUGCUCUGCCUACGUAGUCCGUACUCUCCCCUCCCCUACGCAGCGUUCAGUCUACAACUACAUACAGUAGGUACGAAAGGUACGAAAGGUACUGUAAAUUUACUGCUCAAGCAAGGAUGCUGCUGCACUCUAUUUGCUGCCCUCCUGGCCCUGGCCCUGGCCCAAGAAGGCUAGAACAGCACAUGCCAUGCGCCCUGGGACAUGGAUCUAGUACUGUAUCGGACCGUAGUGUCCUGCCUGUGCCUCGCAGAAGCUCACUUCCGUUUCCGUUCAUCUGCCGUAUCCAACGAAUCAUCGUCGGCCGAAUGCAACAAAGUUGUUCACAACUACUGUAUGCUGAUGUGGUGGUGGCUCUCCUGACCUGAACUCUCCUCUCCUCUGCCUCUCGCGUUCCCCUCCCUUGCGCUGCGCUGCGCUGCACUGCACUGUACCUCUCAGCUCUUAUUUCUCUGCAAGCCAAUCAGCCAGCCUACGGACACUUCUUGCUCCGAGCCCGAUGUUGUGGCUGGAGCUGUGCAAGAGCAGUGCAGUGCAGUGGAGUGUGCGAGCGAGAUGAGGGGUUCUGAUCUGACCCUGAUCUGAUCUGAUCUCCUUUUUCUUGUCCGAACUUCCGGUCGAAGUGUUCACCCCACUCACCACGAUUGCUUACCCUACCCUGUCUUCAUCGCCUUUUCUCCUUCUCUUCCUGUUGACGAGUGGCUUACAUGCAGCGGAUCUUAGAUAUCGUCCGCCUCGCGGGUCACUGAACAACUCUCCAUCACUGCCGGCAUAAGCUUUUUUCUCAUUUGUCAGGGGAGCAAAGGCAGCGGCACAGGUGCCAGGAAGUCAGCAGUACUCUAAAGCUUCAUUGAUCGACACUGGCCUAUCCCACGUUUUGGUGGUCGACGUUUCCGGCCAUCCGCUCAACCUGCUGACAGCAAAUCGACUCGGUGGCUUCCACUUCAAUCCCGAUGUCUGGUGGUGUUACGUCCCAAUUACAACCACCAUUCAAAUCCUUGGGUCCAGCACUCCUAUCAUUUAUCAGCUACGUACCGGCUAGUCGGCGCAUGGCGUUCGGAUUCAUGUGCUGACGAGAGAUCAUUCCAUAUAAACUCGGGCCAAGGAAACCCCCUGGAUCUAUUGUCCUACCUAGGGCAUCCUCAGCCUCAGAAAACACCCCUCUCCCUAAUUCCUCCUCUUCGCUUCUCUACGCUUGCUUCAACUCGAGGGAACAUCUAGUCCUUACUAUUACUAUUCUCAUUCCCGACUUUGCUGAUUGCGGGUCUUUCGCGAGAUAUCACUCACCAUUCGUGGCUGGAGCUUUCUGACCUCAGCCGCCUGUCAGCCCUUCGUGUGUCAGUCCAAUGUACUCAAACAACAACAAUUUUCUUCCAUUUCCCGAAUUUCGAAAGUCUCUUAUAACGUUCGCCGGACUUCACUGAGGAAGACGCCCCCAGUUCCGGGGCGUCGCUUCCGUUCUGAAUACUUUACGAUGCUCAUCCAUUCUGGCAGUGGCUAUCACGCCCAUGAGUUUUCACGCGAUGCAUCCACCUCUCGUUCUCGACUACGAAGUAAUUCACUACCAAAACGGUCCCCAUUAGCGCGAUCAGCAUUUUCUGCACCUUUGUUAGCCCCCCAAUCGUCAGCGAUUAAUAAAAAUCCUUCGCCAAUCUUACGCCGACCAUUGAGACCGUUGUCUGAGAACAUAACCCCUACCAAGGAAUCCGUCGUUCGAUUUCAGGAGAUUGAGCAGGACGCAAUGAGUGAAGAUGCUAGAUCGUUGGCCAAUUCAGAGGGCAGCAUCACUACUGCUGGAGGCGGCAGACGUCGGAAACGAUCCUUACGGAAGAGCACAACCUUCCACCUUGCCCAUCCCGCUCCGACCCUUACCCAGAAGCAGAGGCUUCUACAGAUUCGACCGAGGCUAUUGCUACAAUUACAGCGAUUGUCAACAGAUGCAAGACCAAGGCCAGCUCUCGACGUUCUCCCUUCUACGGUCGUUGUUCCCCGACUAUAUAAGAAGUUUCCACGUAUGUUUAGGGGCAAGGCAGAAUUAGGAUGUAAUGAUGUUAUGGUUGUCAAGAGUGAGGAAUAUGAGACAGGCAUCGAAAGCAAUAUCGAUGGUAGUGAUUCAGACGAGGACGGGCUUGCGAAUAGAGACUUGCUGGCUGUCAUUUGCCAGAUGCCGAAGGACUGUGGAGGUUCUCAGGGCAAGGCUGAGAUGGUUUUAAGCGAUGGCUCUGUUUGGGAAGCGAGUCCGCUUCCAAAUGGUCUGUUCGAAUUUGUCUCCACCGAUGAGCAUGGAAUUAAGACAACCGCUCGGUGGGUCAGGAGGAGUAACAGACGCCAGAGUGUUGAUAUGACAGAAGCCGUCGUCAAAGCCGAAACAAAAUUCACUUUUAGCCUUAUCGAUCCAAACUCCCGGCGUCAUCCGAUAUUAGCCACAAUGAAUCAAGCCAAUUUGGACAUACCUGACUGCUACACGUCUAUCUUGCCUUCAGUUUCCAGGCCUCCUACGACUUCUCCAUCGCGCACUUUUGCCAAAGAUGUAGUACAUCGAGCCGAGGAGGAAGCCAUGCCUGAGCGAGCAACGAUACCUGUGGACGAAAGAUUGAAGACUCUCAUUCAAAUCACUGGCAUUUGGCUAGCUUUACGUCAAGGGUGGUCUCCUUAUUUCAAGUACAACGAUGCGAUGAGUACGGCAAAAUAUCAGCCGGCAUCAGGAGGACGGGUGAGAUCGAUGUCUUUGACACCCGAAACAGGUCGCUUAAGCCCAACUUCAACAACUUCAAGCACCCCUGAAUCGGGCCAUACUCUUGGUGCUGUCCUAGGUGGCAAAAUUCGCCGAGUGUCUGCCAUCGGAUGUCCAAGCAAUGGCAGUUCGCCGCAACUCGAACGCAAUCCCAGUACACCAAAGAGAGCCGUUUCUACCGGUACCGCAUUCAUGCAGCGAGCUGCUGCCCGCAGAGCUGGUAAUGCCCCAAGCACUGUUGCUAGUGACAGCGAGGGGGAGAGUAUGAUGGAAGCGAGUAAAGUCCACGUUAACAGAUCCGUCAAUGGCACUGGAGCCAGCGAAAUUCCGCUAACUUCACUUGCUCUUCCUGGGUCAGCGGCAACAACCCCCGAUACACCAACUCGAACCUCCAAACGUCCUCAUUCAUAUAUGCCUACCAGUUCUCUCCAGCACAGUGUUACGACCUCGCAGCCAAAACGGCACAGUAUCGCAUUUUUUGGCGGGAAGCCAGCUUCGGAUCAGAUUGGCAAGCCCAGGAUUAGUCGGUGGAAGUCAUUCACCAAUCUGUUUCGAAAACCCAACAGCGGUUCACGCUCCACGUAGAUCACACAGUCCAUCGUCGGAGUUUCUUUUUUUUGUUUAUAACACAUCGCAGCAUUGUACCAACGGCAAAAACAGUUUAGAUACCACCAGAGUCUCGUUUGAUUCCCCUUUGCAUACGGGAAUUUUGGGACAGGAGUUAUAGCGCUCAUGUCUUCCGAAAUUCAGCUUCGUUUUCAGAUGAGAGGAUUAACAUGUAUAUAUUACGUUCAGAAUGCCCUGCAUAUUUGGGUGCUUGGAAACAGGAAUGAAACGAUUCG